AUGGCUUCAUCCAAAGAGAUAUUUUCUGUUGGGGGCAUAGAAGUCGCACAAAAGAAGAUCACGUCUAUCGACGAUCCUCAUGCGAACUAUAACGGCCUAAAUCCAUCGUCGACCACAUUGCCCAAGGGCUACAAGAAGGAUCCUUCUCGUCGUGGCUUUGAAGUCGCAACGAUCUGGGAUCGCGAUGUUGAGGUGCCGAUGAGAGAUGGGAUCAUCCUUCGCGCCGAUGUCUUUCGGCCUGCAGAUGUCAACGAGAAGGUCCCCGCUUUGAUUGCUUGGGGUCCGUACGGGAAGUCUGGAACAGGCUUUCUAGGGUUAGAUCUGGUUCCAGGCCGAGUUGGAAUUCCAAAGAGCAUGCUUUCCGGAUUAGAGUCCUUCGAGGCGCCGGAUCCUGCCGAGUGGACUGCACACGGCUACGCUAUAGUCAAUAUCGAUGCCAGGGGCAGCUUCAAAUCUGAAGGAAAUCACAGGUGGAACGGAACUGCCGAGGGGAGGGAUGGCCAUGAUGCCGUCGAGUUCAUAGCAAGCUUGCCGUGGUGCAAUGGCCAUGUAGCUUUGAUCGGUGUCUCUUGGCUGGCAAUGGCUCAGUGGUACAUCGCGGCAGAGAGACCUCCUCAUCUGAGCUGCAUUUUGCCACUGGAAGGCUUGAGCGACAUGUAUCGCGAAUCCCUCUGUCGCGGAGGAGUUCCGUAUCUGCCAUUUUGGCACUUUUUGAGAGACCAUGGCCUAUAUGGUGAAAACCUGCAGGAGGAUCCAAUUGCCAUGCUGGCCAAGUAUCCGCUCAUGAAUGCAUACUGGGAGGACAAGCGGGCGAAAGUGGAACUGAUCAACGUGCCUGCGUACAUACUUACCAGCAUGUCGACUGGGCUGCACACUGUUGGCUCAAUCAGGGGAUUUGAAGACAUACCACACGAUAAGAAAUGGCUCCGCUUGCAUCCAACCCACGAAUGGCACGACUUGUACCAGCAGGAGACCACUGAUGAUUUGAAGAAGUUCCUAGACCUCUACACCAAAGGUAUCAAGAAUAACUGGGAGGAGACUCCAAAGGCUCGAAUCUCGGUAAUCCGCUAUGAUCAGCCCCCGAUCGUAAACAUCCCUUUCUCGACCUGGCCGAUCCCUCAGACUCAGUACAAGACACUAUGGCUCUCAGGAGAACAGGCCUUGAAAGAAAUGCCGGGGAUUGCUGAAUCGGGCAAAGUCUCGUAUCAAUCAGACCUCACAGCUCAGCAGAUUGACAACGACCCUGAAUUCGUCGAGUUCGUCUACUCUUUCACCGAAAGAUCUACCCUCAUCGGUCCGGCGAGGGCGGUGAUAUACAUGUCAUGUGCUGACCACGAUGACAUGGACGUCUUCGUGAUCAUUCGCAAAGCCGACCGACAUGGAAAGGUCCUGCAAAACAUCAACGUCCCCUUGAACGCGCUUGGUUUCGCGUCCGAGGAAGAGGUUGAAGAUAUAAACAGCCUGAAAUAUAUUGGACCGUCUGGCAUUUUGAGGGCAAGCCAUCGUGCGAUCGAUCCGAAACUAUCCAAGCCUCAUUGGCCUGCCCAUGAUCACACGCAAGAGCGGAAGAUCCCUCCAGGUCAUAUUGUGAAGCUGGAAAUCGGAAUAUGGCCUGCAGCGAUUCAAUUUGAGGCCGGUGAAAAGCUGGUAUUCAGGGUCGCAGGUCAUCAGAUGACACUGGCAGAAUUCACUCCGCUGCGUGGGCAAUUCCACACAGGAAACAAGGGGAAGCAUAUUUUGCACUUUGGCGGUCAAUAUGAUAGUCACAUAGUUGUGCCUUUCGUUCCGAUAUGA